AUGGACAUGAUCCUUGCCUUUGUGUGUGGGCUGGGGCUCUUCCACCUAUUACUCCUCCUCCACCUUGACUCACCCUCACCUCCACCAGUGGAAAACACCACCACCCAAAAGGUGGUGAAGAGGGAGUACAGCAAGGUCAGGAAGGAAAUCAGGACCGAGAAAGGUCUACCUCAACCACCGCAGGCCUUAACCACUCAAGCAGGCCUAUCUCAACCACCCCAGAUCUUGACCUCUCAACCUGGCCUACCUCAACUAAUCCAGGCCUUAACAACUCAAGCAGGCCUAACUCAGCCACCACAUGCCUUAACCAUUCAAGCAGGGGGACCUCCACCACCACAGGUCUUGACCACUCAAGUAGGCCUACCUCAACCAUCCCAGGCCUUAGCCACUCAAGCAGGGGGACUUCCACCAGCCUUGACCACUCAAGCAGGCCUAUGUCAACCACCCCAGAUCCUGACCUCUCAACCUGGCCUACCUCAACUACUCCAGGCCUUAACCACUCAAGCAGGCCUACCUCAACCACCCCAGGCCUUAACCACUCAAGCAGGCCUAUCUCAACCACCCCAGAUCCUGACCUCUCAACCUGGCCUACCUCAACUAAUCCAGGCCUUAACUACUCAAGCAGGCCUACCUCAACCACCCAAGGCCUUGGCCACUCAAGCAGGGGGACCUCCACCACCACAGGCCUUGACCACUCAAACAGGCCCACCUCAACCACCCCAGGCCUUAACCACUCAAGCAGGCCUAUCUCAACCACCCCAGAUCUUGACAUCUCAACCUGGCCUACCUCAACUAAUCCAGGCCUUAACAACUCAAGCAGGCCUAACUCAGCCACCACAUGCCUUAACCAUUCAAGCAGGGGGACCUCCACCACCACAGGUCUUGACCACUCAAGUAGGCCUACCUCAACCACCCCAGGCCUUAGCCACUCAAGCAGGGGGACUUCCACCACCCUAGGCCUUGA